AGUGAGAGCAGCAAAAUGACGGAAGGGGGCGCAUUUUAAGCGCUGAAGUCGAGCUUAUGCUACCCUACUCUUCCAUUCUCUUCUCUUUUCGGACAUUAAUUUAAAACUCCUUCUCUUUUCUCUGCUUGUUGCUCUCCUUUUCUUCGUUUCGUCUCUCUCUAACUUGGCUAAUCGACUGUAGCUAGUGGUGGUGGCGCUGAUGGAGGAGUAGCAGUGGGCGGAGGAACAGGAGGAGCUGACGCAACCACAUUCUAUAGAAGGCGUCAGCAUCAGGGACUGAAAUUGAAUACUCACAUUUAUCUCUCUCUCUCUCUCUCUCUCUUUAUCUCUCGCAUUCGCGUGCAUUCUGUUUUCGGUCACUGUCAGAUCUCUCCCUCUGGAGAUGUUACUGUUGCCUUGUUACUCUGUUGUUGUUUUUUCCCUCUAUGCUCUAGUCUAGUCUUUCAUUUCCCCUGUUUACGUUUCUCUUUCUAGUGAGGGAUUUUUCUCUCUCUAGGGUUUGGGUUCUUUAAGCUGGUUUUGUUUCAUUUGUUCAUUUCGUGUGUGUGUCUCGUUCAUAGUAUUGUGCAGGAGAUGCGUCGAAGAAGAAUCUCGGUUUUAAGUGCUUAAUGAAAAAUAUGCAUUAUGAAGAGUUUAAGACAAUGGGCAUUGGCAUUUUCACCUGGAAAUGAAGGAGAGGCAGCGUUGGAGAGCUGAAGAGGACGCGUUGUUACGUGCAUAUGUUAAACAAUAUGGUCCUAGGGAGUGGAACCUCGUGUCACAGCGCAUGAACACACCUCUAAACAGGGAUGCCAAAUCCUGCUUAGAAAGGUGGAAGAAUUACCUCAAGCCUGGUAUAAAGAAAGGAUCCCUUACUGAAGAAGAGCAGCGACUUGUUAUCCGACUACAAGCCAAACACGGCAACAAAUGGAAGAAAAUUGCUGCGGAAGUUCCAGGCCGAACUGCUAAGAGACUUGGAAAGUGGUGGGAAGUGUUCAAAGAAAAGCAGCAGAGAGAGCAGAAGGAAAACAACAAGACAGUAGAACCAAUUGACGAGGGCAAAUACGAUAGGAUUCUAGAGACUUUUGCAGAGAAGCUAGUGAAAGAACGCUCCACUCCUGCAUUUGUCAUGGCCACUUCCAAUGGGGGAUUUCUUCAUACUGAUCCCCCUGCUCCUGCACCAACUCUGCUACCCCCCUGGCUUUCUGCUUCCAACAGUUCAUCUGCUGUUAGGCCACCCUCCCCUUCUGUGACUCUAAGCCUCUCACCGUCAACAGUUGCAGCUCCUCCUCCAAUACCCUGGCUGCAGCCUGAGAGAGGACAAGAUAACGCACCUUUUGUUUUAGGCAGUUUGCCGCCUCAUGGAACAGUCGCUGCUUGUGAGAAUCUGAUGAUAUCUGAGUUGAUGGAGUGUUGCAAAGAGUUGGAAGAAGGGCACCGUGCUUUGGCUGGACACAGGAAGGAAGCUGCAUGGAGGCUAAGAAGAGUAGAGUUGCAGCUGGAGUCAGAGAAGACAUGCCGAAAGAGGGAGAAAAUGGAAGAGAUAGAGUCAAAAAUCAAUGCUCUUAGGGAAGAACAGAAGGCUUCUCUAGAUAGAAUUGAAGCAGAAUACAGAGAACAAUUAGCAGAAUUGAGAAGAGAUGCAGAAACAAAGGAGCAAAAACUGGCUGAGCAAUGGGCUGCAAAACAUUUGUGUCUCUCCAAGUUUCUUGAGCAAAUGGCGUGCAGGCCUAGGCUUGCCGAGUCUAAUGGCCGAUGAAAAGAUUUGUUCUUCUAUCCGACCGUAUUAAGGUCUCAGGUCUAGUGUGGUGGUUUGGUGAGGGAAGUGGCUUUUAGGAAGCUAAUUAUAUUUAGAGGAUGUCUAUUUAUUUUUAAUAUCUGUUUAGGACUUGGACUGGGUGAAUGAAUGUAAGAUAAGCUUAGCUUGGCUUAACAUUCUAAUAUAUGACAGUCUCUUUUGCAGAAAUAUAUCAUAAUUUUAUGCCAA